AUGGCAGAUAAUCUUCUUCCCCAAGGAGAUGACGUAGCUCAGCAAUCACAUAAUAGCUUUGGACCACUUUCCGAGCUUCGUGGAAAUAUUGCUACGAUCACAUCAGCUAUCGUGGUUGUGGUUAGUGGCACGAUGCUUUUGUUCGCAGCGAAGGAUAACAAAAAGAGAGAAGGGAUUGAUUUCCUGGUGUUUACAACAGCCUUGCUUAUCUUGGGUGUCGUUCUCGGAGAAAUAGUACGAAGAUUGUGCCUUGUGUCUAAAGAGAUUAAACACAAGCACGAGAGAUAUCGAGGAAACUGGAAGGAUGUUUGCAAGAGGACUUUAACUUUCAAUAAUUCCGGUAGUAUUUUAGUCGUUGCCAUCGCUCUGUUCCUUGUUGGCAGUCGACAGCUCUCUCCCGUAGAGACAUUGGAUUUGAACGAAAAAGAAAACAAGAAUGUGGCUGAUGGGCUGGCUUGGGGCUAUUACUUUGGUUAUCUCAAGCUGGUGCUGCCAAGAUUGGGAUAUCGUAUUUCCGAAUCGGACACAUUUCGUCAUAAGAUUACAGACGAAAAGCUUUUCAUUUUACUUCCAAAAACGUGCUAUGCAUUUGAAGAAAUAUCCAAAGCAGAUGACAGGGUAAAAUGGGCCGGCAAACUUCCCGCGAGUAAAAUUAACAGGGCUGGAAUUUUGGAGAGAAGUUACCAGCAUGCGGUACACCGCAUAGAGAUGCCUCGCCCAGAUGGAACGGUGGAAGAGUACCACUUUGUCUUGGAGUACGCUACGCCUCUUAUGUCCCUGUGCGAAAUGUCUGGUCAUGCAAAGGCCCCUUUGACUGGUCCAGAGCGGGAUCAUCAGGUGAACAAGUGUGAUCUGUUAUGUGAUUUUAGAUAUAUGAUAACAAAUAUUUGUUCUUAGAAUUUCUUUUUGAGGUAGUUUUUUUUAAUACCCUUUUUUUUUUUUAACCCUUUAACUCCCAAGAUCUGAUUGUUUAUUCCCCUUUCUAGCUUAUACACAUUUCCUAGUAAAUAAGUAACAAGAAUUUGGCAUUAAAUCAAGAUAACAACUUCUAUCUGAUAAGUUUGAGUAUUCUCAUUAACUGUUUGCUGGAUAAUGUAUAGAUAUUAUGUGGAGAAGUUAUGGGUUAAUCACUACUUAGAGCUGAAGGGUUAAGCUGAUGCUUACACCAACUGAAACCAUUUUCAUUGUAACCUAGGUGGUGUUAUUCAUCCAUAAGCUGAGAGAAAUUUUGGAUGACUCUGAGGAAUGCAGAGGAAAGUAUGAAUUGGUUCCAAUUUCAGGAAAUGACACAAACAAGAUUGCAGAUGUCCUUGUGGGAAUGCACAGUGUGACCAACAUAGAUUUAGAAGAGGAGACUGAUGAGCAAACUAGGCAAUAGAGCAGAUAUGUGGCUGCUGCUCCACAGCAACAGUAUGAACAACAAAGGAACUCUUGUUAUACAUUGCAUAUGUAUAGAGCUGUGUUUCUGAGUGUUAAGAAACACAGUGUCAGACCCUGAGAGGCCAAAAAUUGAUUAUUUGUACUCUUAAGCUAGAAAGCAAGCAUCCUAAUGUAACUUAAUAUGUGCUCCAGUCCUUUCCUGGGCUUGAUAGCUCAAGGCUUUGAGUUGUUUUGAAUUCUUUAACCUCUGACAUCUUGCAGAUUUAUGUUGAUUGUGUUGUGAUAACAUUCAAAGGAACAGCCUUUAAUUUGUGUAUGUAGAGAAGUUUAUAGCUUAAUUUAAUUUACUCUUCCCUAUAGCCUAGCAGAUAACACAGUUUGUAGUGAGCCUUUUAUGGGAUAGUAAAGUAAACAUGAAAAGAGAUUUAUAAAACAUGCUGAAUAAUUUAGUUUUUCUCAAUUGUCAUUUGUCUUUGCUUUGCUCUGUGAAAUAUUUGAACUGAUGACACCUUUAUAUCAGUAUGCAUGUUCCUCAUACAAUUCUGAAUUGCACAUUUUCUUUUGGUACUGACAAGGAGAAUCUGUGUUUCAAUCACAGCUUUUUAGUUUAGCAAUCAUUUCCUUUACUUCCAUGGUCUUU